AUGAUUCCAUUGUUGUUUACCAUUGUCUCAGCGUAUUGGAUUGACUAUGGCCACAUAAUAAAAUGUUCAUCAAGUUCAUACUAUGAUCAAUUUAACUCACUUAUUAAUUAUAAAGGAGGAUUAUUAUUACCUUUCAGGAGUGAAUUAUACAUAGAAUGCAAUUCAUUAGAGAACAUCAACGUUUAUUUUCAAGACGCCGACUCUUUAAUUUAUGUUUUUCUAAACAACACAAAUUUGCAUUUUAUUAACCAAAAAACCACUUUUUAUAACAUCACAAACUCCACAUUUAUCCUUUCAAAUAAUUCGAUUUAUGAAAAAAUAGACUCACAAAAACAAUUCACCAGUCAUGUAAAUACUCAAUUAAAUCUACUCAAAAAGGCAGAUAUCAUGUGUAGUGGGUAUAUUCAACAUAAUUGUGUUCGUUGUGUCAAUGGUUAUGACUGUACUGAGUGUUCUUCGGGUUAUUCUUUAGUUCGACGUUCCGGUUGUCCCGUGACAUGUCUUCAUGCUCCAACCCAAGAUUAUCCAACAGUUUGUGGUUUAGGAAAUUUUUACAGUUACAGUAAUGGGUAUUGUGACCCCCAAAAUUGCGAGACAUCAACGGGUAUAACAAGCACUUAUAUAACAUGUAAAACAUGUAAAACAUGUUUAACUGGUUAUAAUUUAUACAACAAUAAGUGUUAUCCACAAGACUCCAAUUGUCUUGUAACAAAUUCCUAUGGUGUUGGAUGCACCUAUUGUCGUACAAAUUAUCGACUUGUUGAUCGGUUUUGUUUUCCAUGCACAACAAUUGAAGGGUGUUUAACGUGUUCUUCUAAUGCUGAUACGUGGUGCACGUCAUGUGCAGAGGGGUAUUACUUAUAUCAAGUAUCUUCAAUAUCAUCAUGUAUAGCAUGUCCCAUUGGAUGCUCGUCCUGUGCAACUUCAAGUAGUGCAAAACCCACAUGUAAAGGGUGUUCUUCUGGAUAUUAUCAAAUUGGCAGUACAUGUUCAAAAUGUGAUGAUACGUGUGGAGGGACAUGUGAAGACACAACCGGAUACUGUAAGAGUUGUAUUAAUGGUUAUGUGUUUAAUAUUGCAAAUCCAAAAGUGUGCAUUUCUUGUCAAGAAUAUGACCCAAACUGCUCAGAGUGUGCGGGAUAUGCAAAUUCGUGUUAUAAGUGUUCUGUUGGGUACCCGAGUGUCUUUGGAAAAUGCAAAGAAUGCGACUCGACGUGUUCUGAUGGGAAGUGUGAUAACAACAAUGGCAACUGUUUUGAAUGUCAAAUUGGAUAUACACAAAAGAGCAGUGCAAGUUUAUCAUGUGAAGCAUGCAACACUGCAUUUUCUGACUGCCAAAAAUGCUCGCAAACGAUUCGAAAGUGUGAAAGUUGUGUGGAUGGAAAAUAUCCAUCGACAUCGUCGCCGUUUAAUUGUAUUUUGUGUGACACUUCAUGUGAAAAUAACUGCAAUACAACGAACGGAAAAUGUAUCAAAUGUAAAGAAAAUUAUGUGUUUAAAUUGAACGACGAAAUGAAGUGUGAAAGUUGUUUUUCCUUUGAUCAAAAUUGUUUGAAGUGUUCCGAAGAUUUCGAAAGAAAAUGCAUAACAUGUUCAAAUGGGUAUUAUUUAAGUGGGGGAAAGUGUGUGAGAUGUGAUUCUUCUUGUAAUUUUCAAUGCGAUAAAAUAACAGGAAAUUGUCUGAAUUGCUCUUCUGGUUAUGUACCUUCAAAUCCAAUUAGUAAAACUUGUCAGAGUUGCACUUCUUUUGACGCAAAUUGUCAAACUUGUUCAACACAAUUUGAGAGAAAAUGUCUGAUUUGUGAAUCUUCGUUUUACACUUCAGCCAACGGAAGUUGCGUCAAAUGUGAUGUAACUUGUAAUGGAGAGUGUGAUGGAAGUAGUGGAAAUUGCACAAAUUGUCAAGUUGGAUAUGUAUUUAUGGAGCCAAAGAGUGUUAAGUGUGAAUUAUGUAAAACGUUUGAUUCAAACUGUAGAGAGUGUAAAGACUAUGGAGAGCGUAAAUGUAAAACAUGUGAAAACAACUACUAUCCAAAUCCUCUCACUUCAAAAUGUCGGGUUUGUGAUUCGACAUGCGAGAAAAAUCAAUGCGACACAUCGACUGGAAUAUGCAACAAAUGCAUCACUAAUUUUAUUUUCCAAAAUCCUCGGAGUAUUUCUUGUGAUAAUUGCAGUCAAUUUGAAGAACAGUGUAAAACUUGUUCAUCGGACUCAACAAGAAAGUGUGUGGAGUGUAAAACUAAUCAUUAUGUUAAUACAGAAAACAACAAGUGUAAAAUGUGUGAUUCAA